AUGGUGUUAGACGAUGCAUGGAAUCGCACGGUGCAAACGUCUGGUCAUGCUGGAAUCCUGCCCGUUCAUAUCGCAACACUUUUGUUGAGCGUUACCAAUUGCCUUCUGAACGGAUUCAUUUGUGUUUCAUUUCACUGUAAUCGGAUUCUGUUUAGUAAAUGUCGCUUACACAUAUUUCUCGCAUUUGCAUUGACAAAUGCUCUUUCAGGGUUCUUCACCAUACCAACGAGCAUAAACCUCUUUGUACAUAACAAUUUGAACUGCCCUAGAUGGACCAUCAUUCUUGGCUCAGCAUUCGAAAUCGCUCUGGAUCGAAUGCGAAAAUUGUUGACGAUGACAAUAGCGAUUGAACGAUUGUACGCGGUUUAUUUACCAUCCCAGUACUAUCUCAUGCACCAUAUUGAUUUCGCUCGACGAUGUUGCUUGGUGUCUACGUUAUGGGGCUGUUUUGAUGCGAUCUUCAUGAUCGUUGAGGAUGACCUGUUUCAGAUACGUAUGCAUUGCGUUACCACAUCAUCAUCAGGGCCAAUCUUUCACACGUAUUUUUUGAUUUCAAGUAUCACGUUCGGUGUAUUGCUGUUAUUUCUUUACGUAUUGUUUAUUGUUAAACUGUGUGUAAUCUCCGAAACAAAUGCCAAUCUUCAUAAUCACAUCCAAGCGUAUGCUGUUAAAUCCAAUUAUCGGCAGGUAUUUCGUGUGAUCUCAAUCAGUGAGAUUCUUUUCUGCCUGGUUGAGUUUCAAUGCAAAUUUUAUUUUCAGGCUAAUUCGUUAGCAGCCAUGAUUGUAUUGUCGGUUUUGUUGUUUUCCGUUGUGCCUUGUGCUCUCUAUUCUUAUGAUCUUAUUGUAGAUAAAGAUUUGAAUCUUGUAACGAAGGAACCUCACUGUAGUUCUAAUGCCAAAUGGAGAAGCUUUCUGAUUGAUUGGGGUGUUUCUGAGAUGCUCUGGAAUAUUGUUUUCAUGGAAGCCGGACCAGUGAUAACAAUGGGCUAUCAUAUGUAUGGAUGCAGCAGUUUUUUCAUUUACAGCUGGCAACAUAGAGACAUUAGGCGAGCAAUAAUCCGAACUGGAAGACGAUCGAUAAGAUGCGACUGGAGUGAGCCGCAGAGCUUC